AACACUUUCAAGGAGACCUUCACUAGAAAACAAACUGUAAGGAUUAUUACAAGUUCACCAAUAUUCUAUCAUUAUUAAUGAUCUCGAACACAUCAGUCAUACUUCAAUGUUUCAACCGUGCGCUGCGUGUGUCUUCAAGGUAACCUGAUCAGCAAAUUUGUAUUUAAAUCAUUAUUCUUCAUAAGUUGAUAGACUUUAAUUCAUGGUCACAAAUACAUGUCUAUUACUGUAAGGAUGCUUUUAGACUUCAAAAUGAGCCAAUCUCAAAAACAUUCAUUUGACAUGUUUUUGUCUGGUGAUAAGUAAGCAUCUGAGGUGCGUGCUUCGAAAGAUUACCAUCGUUGAAUUGGUGCUUCAUUCAAUUCACAUGCUAUGCUCUUCCAUUUAUCAAGGUUCAGUUAUGCGUUUCGGUGAAGUGGAAGGUUAAUUUAUUCGACCCUAACAUGCAUAAGGUUUGUGUAAUCGUCAGUUGAAUUCUCUAUAUAUUACAUCCAAAUACAGGAUGAGUGUGGCCAAGAAUUCACUGGACAACACGGGACAUUCCAGUGAUGCUAUCGAUUGGGAUGAUAUGGUUUAUCAUCCAGCAUUCGGAGCAGAUAUUGAUCCGAAAGCAGGCUUACAUCCAGCUACUGAAGCUUUGCAAGCACUGAAAUAUGAAUCAGAAGAUCCAGAUGCUAAUGCUCGUAGUUACAAAGAAGAAGGAAAUUAUUAUUAUAAGGGAAAAGACUUUUCUAAAGCGAUAUUGUCCUAUACAGGUGGCCUACGUGCAAAGUCAUCAGAUCGUAAAUUAAAUGCAAUAUUGUAUACCAAUAGAGCAGUAUGCCAUUUCUAUCUAAAGAAUUACCGAUCAUGUAUUCGUGAUUGUAAGUCUGCUGUUAGUUUGUCACCGGAUUAUGUUAAAGCUUAUGUAAAAGGAAUUGAAGCUUGCCUAGCACUUUCAAAAAUUGAUGAAGCUUUAGAAUUAUCAUCAACUGGCUUAAAUGUACUGCCCUCUUCUCCUGAAUUACUUGAAGUACAGUAUAGGGUUCUUAAAAAGCAAAUGGAAUUAGAUAAGGAGGUUGAACAGCGAUCAAAAUUAGGUUGUAGAAAAGAGAACGAUAUGAAUACUGAAUAUGAGAUUUUAAAGUCACGUGGAAUUGAUGUUAAUCUCAAAUUAAAACCUAUUGAUAUGCCAGAAGUGGGUUGUUCCACGUUUUAUGUGGAUUCAUUGGGUAAAUUUCACUGGCCUAUUCUUUUUAUGUAUCCUGAAUUCGGACAAACUGAUUUCCUCCGUGAUGUAAUUGAAUCAAGCACGAUCAUUGAUUGUUUAAGGUUAGUUUUUGAUAUGAAUCAGCCUCCUCCGCCGUGGGAUCCGAAGCGCCUAUAUUCCCUUGAAGAUGAUGCUAUAGAGGUUUAUUUUGAACAUGAUAAAAUGAAAAAGUUUAUUCUUUGUUCAUUGCAAUGUACAAUCAAAAAACUAACUAAACAAAAUGGAUUUAGUGUCGGCAGAGAUCUACUCAUUAUUUUACAUGUGAUAUCUAAACGAUCAACACAUUUCUAUAGUAGUUGGAAAGACGAGAAAAUUUAACUUUAUUGACUGUCUAGCUUUACGCGUUAUUUGUAAAAUUUAUCCGUUUUUUUUAAAUACUGGAUAAAAUAAAACCCCAUUUAAAA